CAAAAAUAGUGCACGCAGCAAAUUCCCCCCCAAAUUUCUCACACCAUUCCUCUCUGCCAAAUCGAAAUCCCUAAUUAAAAAAUGGGUUUGGGUGAAGAAGACGCAGAGGCCGGAAAAGUAUCGCCGACGAUUCCGGUGAAGAGAUCCAUUUUCCGCUACAACUCGCCGCUCGUCCAGGUGGUCCUCAUAGGUUUCGUCUGCUUCUGCUGCCCUGGGAUGUUCAACGCCCUCUCCGGCAUGGGCGGCGGCGGCCAGGUCGACCCCACCGCCGCCAACAACGCCAACACCGCCCUCUACACCACCUUCGCCGUCUUCGGCGUCCUCGGCGGCGGAAUCUACAACAUACUCGGCCCCCAGCUCACCCUCCUCGGCGGAUGCUCCACCUACGUCCUCUACGCCGGCUCCUUCCUCUACUACAACCACUACCACCACCAGGCCUUCGCCAUCGUCGCCGGCGCCUUCCUCGGCGUCGGCGCCGGCCUCCUCUGGGCCUCCCAGGGCGCGAUCAUGACGUCGUACCCGCCGCAGAACAGGAAGGGCAUCUACAUCGCCCUCUUCUGGAGCAUCUUCAACAUGGGCGGCGUGAUCGGCGGUUUGAUCCCCUUCGUUAUGAAUUACCACCGGACUGAAGCAGUCUCCGUCAACGACGGCACAUACAUCGGCUUCAUGGUUUUCAUGUCCAUCGGAACCCUCCUCUCUCUAUCAAUCCUCCACCCAAGCCGCGUGGUUCGAUCCGACGGCUCUCGCUGCACCAACAUCAAGUACUCGAGCGUCUCGGUCGAAGCUGCAGAGAUUCUCAAGCUGUUUCUCGAUUGGAGGAUGCUGCUAUUAGUGCCCGCCUCGUGGGCAAGCAACUUCUUCUACAGCUACCAGUUCAACAACGUGAAUGCAGUGCUGUUCAAUGUUAGAACAAGAGGGCUGAACAAUAUAUUCUACUGGGCAGCACAGAUGCUUGGCUCUAUUUUCAUUGGGUACAUUAUGGAUUUCAGUUUCAAGAGUAGGAAAUCAAGAGGGUUGUUAGGUCUCGUAAUCGUGGCUGUUUUCGGAACUGCUAUCUGGGGAGGAGGGCUAGCGAAACAGCUCGAUUAUCACCGUCUUAAUUUGCCCGCUAAGAAGCUCGAUUUUAAAGACGGUGCUGAUUUCGCGGGACCCUUUGUGUUGUAUUUCAGUUAUGGAUUGCUUGAUGCUAUGUUUCAAAGUAUGGUGUAUUGGGUUAUUGGAGCAUUAGCUGAUGAUUCUGAGGUUCUUAGCAGGUACAAUGGAUUCUACAAGGGAGUGCAGAGUGCGGGGGCGGCGGUUGCAUGGCAAAUAGACACGCAUAAGGUGCCGUUUUUGAACGAACUGGUGACGAAUUGGGCGCUCAUGACUGUAAGUUAUCCAUUGUUGGCUUUGCUGAUUAUACGAGCUGUGAAAGAUGAAAAUGAAGUUGAUGAGGAAAAAACUAACAAGGUGGAGCAAUCUGUGGUUGUAUCCAAUGACAAUACUUCGGUGAAUACGUCUACUUAUGUAAAAAAUUAGUUUUCACGAAAUUACGGUUUGUGGGGGUGAUGCUAUGCGUGCAUCCUCCUCAAAGAGGGAUAGGUUGUUGAAAAAUUCAUGUUUCUUUAUCGAGGAAUUUGUAUGCAAGUGUGUGUUGGUUUCUUAUGUGGUCCAAAUUGUUUUGUAUUACUUAUCUCAAGAGAUGUUUCUAGUAACUCGUGACAGUGGACUUCG